GCCAAUUUAAAGCUUGUGGAUAUUUCUUCCCCCUCGGGGAAAGCUUAUGUGAGGAUUUUCUUUUUUAACAGUUCAUUCCGUGAAACCAUUUUUUUUCCUCCUUGUUUGCUGUUAGAAAAUGUUGGAGCUGAACAUAAGGCUUUCAUUGCAGAUUGCGAUCGAGAAAACUAAGGAAGGAUGUAGGCAUAUUGUUAAUGUCUCUAUUCAAGCUGUAUUUGAGAGAGCUGAACUGUGCAUGCCAGGUGAUCUGCAGUGGAGAAGAGCAUCAUUAUUAAAAGGCUCAGACGUUCCAUGCCAUUUGUGCUUCUGUGACUUGUAGUGCAGCUAACGGAGGCCAACAUUUUUAGUGCAUCCAUAGGAAGCGUCUCCACUACAGCCUUUCACCACACGAGAGACAGACUGAAGAUGUAGGCAGCUGACAAAUGUGAAAGCAAUGAAGAGGUGUUCUGAGGUGGACAGCACUUUUCAUAGUACACUCAUUUUCUGGGAAAGGCAUGAGAAGGGAGAUAAACAGGCAAUGGUUUUGGCAAGCUGAGAAGAAGCUGUAGCAGACCAAGAUGUUCCAAAGAAAUCACAUCAAAAAGGUCCUCAGGCUCCAUCAGCCACCAUCUGAUCAUAUUGCAACAACAUAGGUGUUGCCAUGAGGAUCAGGACGUGUCCUGUUUGCUUCACAACUUGUCUUUUGGUCCUGCUGAGUACACACCAGAGAGAGCUCCAUACAGAGGCAGAGAACACAUUUCAAGAGAGCUGACAAACCAGUUCCUGCACAUACAUGUAUCUGUGUAAGAGUACUCCAAGACCAGAGGCCUCUGUGGCACUGCAUGGAUAUAAGAACUGUUGCAUGUGUGGGGUUAGACUCUGCUUUUUUGAGAUAUGAUGCUCCGACGAGGAUUUAUUCUAUUUCUUCCCCGACUUAUAGGCCUGCUGGUGGUGGCCUGUUGCUCAGUGUCUAUUUUUUAUAUGUUGGCUUGCACACCCAAGGGUGACAACCAGCAGCUUGCCUUGCCCAGGGUGCACGGUCCAACUGUGAAGGAGGGAUAUGAAGCCAUUCUGCAAGAGCGAGAGGAGCAGCACCGCAAUUACAUCAUCAGCUUGAAGAAACAAAUUGCCCAGUUGAAAGCUGAGCUCCAGGGUAGGACCGAGCAGCUUAAGAACAUGCAGAACCAGUACCCAGACCCCUUGGACAUUCAGCUUGACCACAGUAAGCCAGAGAAGGCCCAGGCCAACCUGUUGGCCUUCCUGCGUUCCCAAGUAGACAAAGCAGAGGUGCACAGCGGUAUUAAGCUGUCCACAGAGUACGCGGCAGUGCCCUUUGAGAGCUUCACCCUCCAGAAGGUUUACCAGCUGGAGACAGGGCUGACACGGCACCCGGAGGAGAAGCCCGUAAGGAAGGACAAGCGAGAUGAGUUGAUAGAGGUGAUCGAGUUAGCAGUGGGGAGCCUGAACAAGCCAGACGGGGUCAGCAAAGCAAAACCCCGCCUAUACACAGCCUCCGACUUCGUGGAAGGGAUCUACCGUACAGAAAAAAAUAAAGGCACCUUGUAUGAGCUGACUUUCAAAGGAGAUGCAAAACAUCAGUUCAAGAAGAUUGUUUUAUUCCGGCCAUUUGGUCCUGUAAUGAAAGUGAAAAAUGAAAAUGUCAAUAUGGCUGACACACUUAUUAAUGUCAUUGUGCCGUUGGCCAAGAGAGCCAGCAAAUUUCGGCAAUUCAUGCAGAAUUUCAGGGAAAUGGGCAUUCAGCAGGAUGGAAGAAUUCACCUCACUGUAGUUUACUUUGGAAAGGAACAAAUGAAUGAAGUCAAAUCAAUACUUGAAAAUACCUCUAAGUCAGCCAACUUCAAGAACUUCACCUUCAUCCAGCUGAAUGAAGAGUUUUCCAGGGGCAAAGGGUUAGAUGUUGGUGCUCGAUUUUGGAAAGGAAACAAUGUUGUUCUCUUUUUUUGCGAUGUGGACAUAUACUUCACAGCCGAAUUCUUGAACUCCUGUAGACUGAACACACAGCCAGGGAAGAAGGUAUUUUAUCCUGUUCUCUUCAGCCAGUAUAACCCCAGUAUAAUUUAUGGUCACCAUGAUUCCAUACCAUCUUUAGAACAGCAGCUGAUUAUUAAAAAAGAAACUGGAUUUUGGAGAGACUUUGGUUUUGGGAUGACUUGCCAGUACAGAUCUGAUUUUAUCAACAUAGGUGGCUUUGACCUGGACAUUAAAGGCUGGGGUGGUGAAGAUGUGCAUCUGUACCGCAAGUACCUUCACAGCAACCUGAUGGUGAUCCGAACGCCUGUCAGGGGUCUCUUCCAUCUGUGGCAUGAAAAGCAGUGUCUGGACGAGCUGACUCCAGAGCAGUACAAAAUGUGCAUGCAGUCCAAGGCCAUGAAUGAGGCUUCCCAUGGCCAGCUUGGGAUGCUUGUUUUCAAGCAAGAGAUUGAGACACACCUACAAAAACAGAAAUUGAGCAGUAAGAAGAUGUGAAUCUAGAAAGGGAGGUUGAAAGCCUCUGAACUGGACUUAGGGGUGUUUUGGAAAAGAGGUUUUAACCAGAAAAGUUGGGAUGAGACUGAAAGAGGAUGGAGAUUCCAGCAGGAUGGCAGCAAAAGCAGAGGGAAAGCGUCUGUCCUCCCUACUUUUGUUUUUGUUCUAGAGAGGUUUUUAAGUACUCCACUAUCCUGACUGUUCAGCACUUGCUUCUGGGGAAGACUUGAACACUUGAUGAAAUUCAAGGUCACAUCAUAGAGACAAUGAACAUUAUAUGUUAUUAUGUGACCAGUGUGGUAUUCACACUAACAAAUGGAUGUGUAAGAUGUGUACAGUUAUUGAAAGGAUUUGAUCUUUUGGUGGGCCAAUAAUUAGGAGUUAUUUCCUACACCUAACUUGACAUAUCUAAAAAGGGCUAUUGUUUAACAAGUCCAGGGACUUCUGCUCUGAGGACAUCUGAUUGUUAACCAUGGUAAAGCUGGAGUAACCAAAAAUACUUUUUCUUUAAGGGGCUGGGAUGGGGGCACAGCAGCAGUGCAUUAACAGGCCAUUCCCAGUUAAUCCAGAGAAAGAGCUUUCUCAGAAAGUGCUUUCUAAACUUAAAGAGAAAAUCUUACUGGUCAAGUGUGAUGGUUGAAAAACCAUCAACUGGAGGGUACUGUUUGUUCUCCUCUGUGAACAGUGAGCCAAAAGCAAUGAGCCACAUCUGUAUCAUGUGAAUCACAUAGUGUAUUUCUGCUUUAGAAUGCUGUAUGUAUUUCAAGAUUUAUUUUUAAAUGAAAUUCAUUUGGCUUGAGAAUUAUUUUGCCAUACUUCAGGUUUUCUACUUCUAGCCUUAGUAGGAAAUAGUAAACCUUCCAAUGCUUGGAAAACGCUCUGCAGAUCUGUGUUCCUGUGGAUGGGAACUGGAAUAGAUAAGUGAUUUUUCUACACAACCUGGGCACUGGAAGGCAGAAGCUUUAUCAUGCUGAAGAAAACAAAAUACAUAUCAACUUGCAGUACUGAUUUAGCAGGAGGCUUUAAACUCCAAAUGCCAGAUACCAACAGUGAUGAACAUUUUCUGAUUUUAUGCCAAAGUAUUUCUUCUAAACCAAAUACAGAGUCUUGCCCAGGGUAUAAAAAGCUUUCUGUAAUUAACAAAAUAAAUUUUUGUGAUGGACUAGUGGACCCUGCAAAUUCUCUUAUGAUAAUUAUAGGUACUAAUUGUAAAAAUUAGUAAUUUUCUUGAUAGUUUUUGUUGCAAUUGCCUAAAACUGUUGAAAGUUUGAGUUACUGCUCUUAUAAAGCAUUUUAUUUUAAUGCUGACUGCUAUUUACAGUUUUAAUAUAUACUAGCCAACAAAAACUGCACAGGCUUGUAAAUCCCAUUUGCUUACCUAAAUGCUAUUUCUCUGAGCAGCCUCUGUUUUUUGGAUUCAGAUUAAUUCAAGGCAGUCUGAACCAGAUUCUAAUUUGGUUUUUGGCUUGUAAAAGCUGGGGGAAAGAAAGGUAGCACUGAACAAUGAAUGAGCUACUCUUUGUUGUGCAGCUGUGCAGUAGGAAGAGUGCUCUUUUGAAAGCACUGCACGCAGGUUCUGCAGACAGAGACCAUGCUGCUAUAAGUAUCUUUUCCUUGGACAGGUUUAUAUGUGUUUGACUUUUACUGGUGCAAAGGAUCUGCAUUGCACUCACCUUGUAAAUCACCAAGUAUCCAAAACACUGCAAAAAUAAAAAAGAAUAGAAACUUCUUAUUCUUCAAAACCUCAACCCCAAAAUACAUCACUUACCAUAGAAACUUCAGUAAUCACUCAAGUAGAUCCUCCAAAGGACUGCUUUGUUCCCAGAACACGUGAUAAAUUAUUUAUAAAGGGCUUUGUGUUGAUGAAGUAACUUUACAAACAUUAUGCAAUAGGAGGAGACAGGUAUGACUUGUUGAGUGCAUAUCAAAGUGUGGUUAUGCAGCUGGUCCAAAGCAAAAGUUGUUCCUACAGUCCCACUUAAACCUGAAUUUGAAACUGGGUGUUGUACACUAUUAAAGUUUUGUAAUCAUGA